UUGCAGGGUUCUCGUCUCCCAUCGUGAGUUGCGAUCACAUCGCGGUUGGAUCGAUGGCCACAUGGUUUCAUACUACAGAACACCUCGAAAAUGGCAUUGGAAAUAAGUUUGCGAUCACUAACCACUGGGAUUUUUCUGGUGUCCGAGUAAUUGCAUUGGCAAUACUGGUUUGUAAAUCAAAGUCUCCUUUGAUUAUCCAGGGCCUCUUUUUGUUUGAUUUCGAACUGUUUCACCGGAUCAAGGGUCUUGAUACGGGAUUAGAUAUAGAUCUCCGAGCAUCAUACUGAUUUUGGCGAUAGAAAUGCUGAACGGUGGUAUAUCUAGCACGAACGCUGUCGUUAUACACCACUAACCUUUCCCACUCGUCACAUACAUCCCUGGAACAUGACCUACGUCUCAAAUGAUCCAACUUGGUGGCCGCAAAUCAAUUUCAAUAUUCUUCUCAGCUAUUGGGCAGUUGCCGCCGGCGUCGUGGUGGCAUACGAUUGGGUCUUAACACUCGGACAAGAGAUUGAGCUCAUCUGGAGACAACGAUGGUCUCUCAUGACCGUACUGUAUUUGACUAUACGCUAUAUUGGAAUACCGUUUUCUGCUGUCAAUAUUCUGCGCGCUACCGUGUACUACGCAUCAAGUGGGACAAUUGUGGCCUUGACUGCCAUGUUGGGCGUGAUCAUGAUUACUCGGUUGCAUGCCAUGUAUCAGGAAUCUAGAGCGAUGCUUAUAUUCCUUGUUAUUAUCUUCCUGGCUGUAAACAUCGCCUGCGGAGUAAUCGGGGCAAUAGGACUCUACGAUAUUCCAGCGGAGGAGUUGAUCCUCUCUGGUAAAUAUAUAUGCGAUUAUGUAUACGGAGGGGAUAACAAGUUUUUUCUUUCGAUGGUUUGGAUGCUCAACACUGUUUGGGAGGUCCUCGCACUGUGCCUUUCAAUCUGGGUGGCUGUGAAACACUUCCGUGAGCUGCGACGACUCGGCCCAUCGGCAGGAUCGGCCAUCGGGGACUGUUUCAAAGUGCUCAUACAAUCUCACGUUCUCUAUUUUGCAAGCUUUGUUAGUGUCUCUUGCUUCCAGCUUGCUACUUUCUCUCCAGCACUCUUGAAUUCAAAUUCUAUUGGAGUCCAGAUACUCUAUGAUACUCUUGAAAUUUUAUUGGUCGUGCAGAUGUUUGUGCUGGGACCACGCCUCAUCCUGAGCGUUCGGGAAUACAACGCCAAACUCGUGGAAGACUCCGAUGCAGAAACUAGCAUGAAUUCGAUUAUUUUCCAGGAGCGUGUGCAUGUAUCAACUAGCAGUACUGUGUAGGGAAAUGGUUGUCGAGUGGUCUGCAGGGAGGAG